ACGCGUGGUGCGUCUUACGUCACCACGUUAACCCUGAAGCGGAAGUGAACACGAGGGGUUGAAGGGAAUCACCACGCACGUUGGGCUGCCGCGACCCCUUACUCAGAAGCAGAAGUUUAACCCUCCUCUCCUUCCAUCAUGGCCGUGAGAGCAUCGUUUGAGAAAAACAACGAGAUCGGCUGCUUCGCCAAGCUGACCAACACCUACUGCCUGGUGGCCAUCGGCGGCUCAGAGAACUUCUACAGUGUGUUUGAAGGGGAAUUAUCAGAAACCAUCCCAGUGGUCCACGCUUCCAUAGCAGGCUGUCGCAUCAUUGGGAGGAUGUGCGUGGGUAACCGUCACGGCCUCUUGGUGCCCAACAACACGACAGACCAGGAGCUGCAGCACAUCAGGAACUGCCUGCCUGAAGCAGUGAGGAUGCAGCGAGUGGAGGAGAGGCUGUCCGCUCUCGGGAACGUCAUCGCCUGCAACGACUACGUAGCGCUGGUCCACCCCGACCUCGACAGGGAGACAGAGGAGAUCCUCGCAGACACUCUGAAGGUGGAGGUUUUCCGUCAGACGGUCGCAGAGCAGGUCCUGGUCGGCUCCUACUGUUCUUUCAGCAACCAGGGAGGCCUCGUCCACCCGAAGACGUCUAUAGAAGACCAGGACGAGCUGUCGUCUUUGCUACAAGUUCCUCUAGUGGCCGGCACAGUGAACCGGGGCAGUGAGGUGAUCGCGGCAGGGUUGGUGGUCAACGACUGGUGCGCGUUCUGCGGCCUGGACACCACCAGUACCGAGCUGUCCGUCAUCGAGAGCGUCUUCAGACUUAGUGACACGUCACAGCCCUCCGCCAUCGCCACCAGCAUGAGGGACUCUCUGAUCGACAGCAUGGCGUAAGUUUCCCUGCAGUUGAAGAGCUCUGCUGUGGUUCACCUGGUCUCACACAUGAAGCCAACAAGCUGCUGGACCUCAUUCCUCAAUUUAAAACACAGUACAGCUCAUGUACUCAGACAUCACAGCCUCCACCUGCAGCCAUAUUACAGUGAUAAUUUUGUACUUAAUUUUUAUUUUUUUUUGGUUUAACCUUUCUUAAACCUUCCUUCUAAUUAGCUGAGGUAUUUUAGGAAAUGGUCAGUUUCCAAUAAAAGAUCCUGGCAGUUGAAACGUGUUCAGCUGUACAUCCACCACCUCAUCUCCACAACUACUUUUCAAAACAAGAACAAAAACAUGGUGCAUAGAAGGUGAAAGAAAGCUGUCUGAAACUGUGCUGACAUACAAAUUGAGGAAUCUCAUAUUUCAGCUUUUGUGGCACUAAUGUGAAUAUUUUUUUAAUCCAAACAGGUAGAAAUAAGAUUGAACGUUUUCUCCCAGUUCGGAUAGACCAGAAGUAACCGAGACUGCGCUAAAAGGAAUAAAAGAUCACAUUUAUUUUUGUGCCUGUAUCGUUAAUAAGUCACCGUGGGAAGAAAAAAAAAAAGUGUCAAACGUCUUUUGGUAGGAGGCUGUGUUCUGAAUGUAAUUCUGUUGCCAUGAAAGAAUCACCUCCCUGAUGCUUCGGCAGCUCUGAUGGGUGACGGCACGAUAUGUUGUUGUCACUUAAAGUCAGUCAGGAACCAUCUUUUGGUUCCUCACGCUGUUGCCUGAAGCUAUCAGGGAUUCCCAUCAACACGGACGCACACACUACCAACCGUAUCACCACCUCAAACGUUUAUCUGAUGUUUAAAGGGUGGAACCCACAGUUGCUUUUGGCAUUGAAACUGUAAAAGUCAAAUAUCCAACAUUAAUUUGAAAGUAAGAGUGUUAUUGAAGGAUUAAGAGUGAUGCUUUCUCUGGACGAGUGCUGAGCAAGCUUUCUAUUUGAGGUCUGAUAUCACUCGAUUUGAUAUUGUAGUGUUUAACAAAUGACAAUGUACAACAUGCAGUUUGACUAAUAGACACAGGUAGUGUGGGAUUUCACUGUUGCUGGUCUUGUAUGUAAUGUCUACACACAAACUGUAUAAAGAAAAAGUCAGAUUAAAGCAGAGAUGGAUGCAUGAAGGAUGGAUGAUAUAGUGACAGUUUGUACUUCAGUGUUUCUGUAACAAAUCAAGGCCUGCCUGGUGAAGCAUAUUAACAAUAUCUGUCUUGUAAAAUAAAAUAAAUUACCCUCUUUUUA